AUGGUGCACUUAUUUGCGUGGUUCCUCGCGUACGCGGAACAGAUGUUCGUUUCGAAGCGUCGACACGUUCUGCGUCGUUGGAAUCUUUCUCGUCGUCGCGAAUACGCGCGCGAGAAGAAGAAGAACGGGCGGGAAAAAGGAGUACCACCGAAACGAAAACCUAAAGGCAAAAGAGUCGCGUACUUCGUGACUGGAUGGUCCUCUGGCAUCGGGUUUGAGACGUGUUUGUCGCUUUUGCAAGGACAUAAAGAAGAAGAAAUGGUGGUGGAGUUGCAUUUGCCAACUCGAGCUUUUCCCCCAGGAGGAGUGGGUAAUAAAGGGCGUUUGAGAGAAGGCGGAGACGAAGAAGCAAACGAUGCGGGAAAAAGGCUGCGAAGCGAGGCAAAAUCGAGAGGUUUAAUUGAAACGGGCGAGAAGGAGAAGAAGAACAGGAUUGUUUUGGCAAAGAUUGAUUUGGAUUGCGCGACGUUGGCCAUCGACGCCGGCGCUCGAAAGCGAGCGAGGAAGUACUUCGCCGAGAACGAGGUGGACGUUUUGAUUCACUGCGCGGCGGAGUGCAACGCGGAGAGGAAGGUUUUAGUGCUCGAAGAAGGUGGUGUAGAUCGAGAGGCGAUGUGUAACGUCCUCGGGCCGGCGGUUUUGACCAAGCUGUGGAGAGAUGAAAUGAGCGUAAACGAUAACCGCGAGGACGGCGGCGGCGGCGCGAUGAAGAAAACGGUGGUGUUUGUCGGGUCGUUUACGCAUCGAGCGAGACUUGGGGUAUGCACGCGAGCGAACGCGAAAGAGUGGAUAAAUCGUCUCGAUCGGUGCGCGAGCGCAAGGAAAGAGAAAGAUUUUGAAACGUUAGGUGUGAGGUACGCGCUGAGCAAGCUGAUGGUGACCGCGUACGCGCUCGGAAAGAUGAGAGAAGAAGAAGAUAGAGACGAUAGUUUCGUGAGGGUAAAAGUGGUCGAUCCGGGAUUGUGCCGCACGAAACUCACGCGAACGUGGCCGAAAGCUUUGCGUUUGUUGUACGAAAUUCCCAUGCGAACGGUUGGUUUGCUAGAACAUCCUCGGAAAGGUGCCGAGCGCAUCGUUCGCGCUGCCACGCUUUCCGAAGACAACGAGAAAGAAAAAGAGUGGUCAAACGCGGUCGCAUAUUCGCAUAUUGCGAGGGACGAAUUGGUACAAAGACUAUGCGUCAAAGCAGUGGACGGGUUCAUCGAGAGAGAGAACGCGCGCGGAUGCAUUAGCUAUUAG